GUGAGGCUGCCCAUGCAAUUGGGUUGGUUUUGAUGCCGCCAGAACCAUUGUCGUGGGAUCGGAAGGACUUCUUCAAGGAGAGGAAGCCCGAGCGGUCGGAGUCGCUUGGGCCGGUUGCGAGAUGGAGGGACGCGCCUCAUCACGCGCCCCGGGACUUCAACCGGUGGUCGUCGGCGACCGAGUUUCGGAGACCCCAGCCAGGUCAUGCUAAACAGGGUAGUUGGCACCUAUUUUCGGAUGAUUCUGGUCACGGAUAUGUGCCCUCUCGGUCCAGUGAAAAGAUGCUAGAUGAUGAGGGUUUCCGGCCGUCGUUUUCACGUGGAGAAGGACGGUAUGGCAGGAACGGUAGGGAUAAUAGAGGGUUGUAUAACCAGAGGGACUGUAAAGGGCAUGCUUGGGAAGCCAGCAGUCUGUCUCCCCACACGCCUGGGAGGCCAAAUGAUAUGAAUAAUGAACAAAGACCUCAGGAUGAUACUAUGACAUACUCAUCUAAUCCGCAUUCUGACUUUGGGAGCACAUGGGAUCAGAUUCAGUUGAAAGACCAUCUUGAUAGGAUGGGUGGUUCGAAUGGUCUAGGUGCUGGCCAGAAAUGUGAUAGAGAUAAUUCUCUGGGCUCAAUGGAUUGGAGGCCUCUUAAAUGGUCUCGUUCUGGAAGCAUGUCUUCACGCGGGUCGGGUUUCAGCCACUCAAGUAGUUCGAAGAGCAUUGGGGCUAUAGAUUCCAAUGAAGCAAAGGGUGAGUCACAGCCAAAAAAUGUAACUCCGCUGCAGUCUCCUUCAGGGGAUGCCACUGCCUGUGUGACAUCUGCUGCACCGUCAGAGGAGACUACUUCUAGGAAGAAGCCACGCCUUGGAUGGGGUGAGGGACUGGCAAAGUAUGAGAAAAAGAAAGUUGACCCAGCUGAUGUUGUCAUGAACAAAGAUGGGGAUGUCUGUCAUGUUGGUAAUGUGGAACAUGUGCAGUCUGUGAGUCCACACUUGGCUGAUAAAAGCCCCAGACUUAUGGUGCUUACAGAUUGUGCAUCUCCUGCAACUCCAUCCUCUGUUGCUUGCAGUUCCUCUCCAGGUGUUGAAGAGAAAUCAUUUGGCAAGGCAGCCGGUGUUGAUAAUGAUAUUAAUUUAUAUCGUUCUCCUGGUCCGGAGUUUCAGAGUCAUCAAGAGGGAUUUUCAUUCAAAUUAGAAAAGCUGGAUUAUAACUCCCUAGCUAAUGUUAGCUCAUCAUUACAUGAAUUGCUCCAGUCUGAUGAUCCAAGUCCCAUGGAUUGUAGUACAGUGAGACCUACUGCAAUGAACAAGUUGCUUAUAUGGAAAGGUGAUAUUUCAAAAGUAUUGGAGGUGACUGAGUCAGAAAUUGAUUUGCUUGAAAACGAACUGAAGAUGUUGAACUCUGAUUCUAGGGACACCUGUCAAUGUCCAGCAGCUUCCAGUUCUUUGCCCGUUGAGGGCAGUGAUACAUCUGGCAAAGAACAGGCUACUGCCAUAAAUUUGGUCACCAGACCUGCUCCUUUGAUUGUAUGUUCUUCCGGGGAUACAGAUCUAGAGAAGUUGGCUCUUGGUAAUGGAGAACAGGGAGAGUCCUGUGGUCUUAAGGAUCAAGAUAUGGAUAGUCCUGGAACUGCAACGUCAAAAUUUGUUGAUCGAUUACCUUUGUUGAAUGUGGCUUCAUCUGACAUUGGGAAUUCAAGUGGUUGUGCUGAGAACCAGGAUCUAGUUCAAACAGUUGAAAGGGAAGCAGAAUGCUUAACAUCUGGUAAAGAUGAAGAAAAAAGUGACCCAUCUGUGUGUGAAAAUAGUGGACGCGAGAUAGUUACACCUGUGUCGAAUGGCUUGGGUAUUUGUGCCGGUGUAGUAGAUACAGUAUGUGAUUCUAUAUUUUCUUCCAAUAAAGAAACUGCAAGUAGAGCGUCUGACAUAUUUAAUAAGCUGUUGCCCAAAGAUAACUGUAAAGUUGAUAUUUCGGGACUGGGUAUUUCCUCUUCAUGGAAGAAUGAUUCAUUGCUCAAAGAGAAGUUCAAAGCAAGGAAGCGGCAUUUAAGGUUUAUGGAUAGAGUCAUAACUCUAAAAUAUAAGGCACAUCAGCAGUUGUGGAAGGAAGACGUCCGUUUGCUUUCAGAGCGAAAGUAUCGUCCAAAAUCUCACAAAAAAUAUGAUUUAGGAUUGCGGAACCCGAGUAAUGGGUACCAAAAGCAUCGCUCUUCCAUUCGCUCUCGUUUUUCUACACCUGCAGGAAAUUUGAGCCUGGUUCCUACUAAAGAGGUCGAGAAGUUUGCUAACAAGGUGCUCUGUGAUUCUCAAGUCAAGCUUUAUAGGAAUUCAUUGAAGAUGCCAGCUUUAAUUCUGGACAAGAAGGAGAAGGUUGUGACAAGGUUUGUUUCUAGUAAUGGCUUAAUUGAAGAUCCCUGUGCUGUUGAGAAGGAGAGGACUUUGAUUAACCCUUGGACACCUGAAGAAAAAGAAGCUUUCAUUGAAAAGUUGGCGGUCUUUGGGAAAGAUUUUAAAAAGAUUGCCUCCUUUUUCGAUCACAAGACAACUGCUGACUGUGUUGAGUUCUACUACAAGCAUCACAAAUCUGCUGCUUUUCAGAAAAUAAAGAAGAAGCCUGAUACCUCUAAACUAGGAAAGUCCGCUGCCAAUACCUACAUGAUUAACCCUGGGACAAAGUGGAAUCGUGAGGUGAAUGCUGCUUCCCUUGAUAUUCUUGGUGCUGCUUCUGUGAUGGCAGCUCAGGCUGAUGGCAGUACAAGAAAUCGGACUGGCCGUUUAAUCUUAGGAGGUUACAAAAAUAUGAAGAUAUCCCAGGGUGAUGAUGCGACUGUUGAAAGGUCGUGCAGUUUUGAUGUUAUUGGGGAUGAGAGAGAAACAGCGGCUGCUGAUGUUUUGGCAGGUAUUUGUGGAUCUCUUUCUUCCGAGGCAGUCAGUUCUUGCAUUACUAGUUCCAUUGAUCCUGGUGACGGUUGCCGGGAAUGGAAGUGCCAAAAAGUUGAUUCACAAGCAAGACGACCUUUGACGCCUGAUGUUCUGCAAAGCGUUGAUGAUGAGACAUGUUCAGAUGACAGUUGUGGUGAAAUGGAUCCUACUGAUUGGACAGAUGAGGAGAAGUCUAGCUUUAUACAGGCAGUGUCAUCCCAUGGUAAGGACUUCGCUAUGAUCUCACGGUGUGUGAGAACGAGGUCCCAGAAUCAAUGCAAGGUUUUCUUUAGUAAGGCUCGAAAGUGCCUUGGGCUUGAUUUGGUACAUCCUCGGCGUGGAAAUGAAGGAGCUUCUAUUGUUGACGACGCUAAUGGAGGUGAGAGUGAUACUGAAGAUGCCUGUGUCGUGGAAGCUGGUUCUGGUAUUUCAAGUGAUAAGUCCGGUUGUGAUAUGAAUGAGGACUUGCCAUUGUCUGUUAUGGACAUGGAUCAUGAAAAGACCAUGAAUUUGCAAUGUGAACCACUUGGAUCAGUGGAAAACAAUGUGAAGGGUGAAGUUGACCUUCUAGAUAAAAAGGCUCUCAGAUCUUCCGACACACUCGAGAUGGAAGAUAGGCCGAAGCUAGUUUUUGAUGAUCUCACCAACAUCAUGGAUGUUGCUGACAGAUUGUCCGAGUCGGUGCCUGCCCAGAGAAGUGAAGCAUUUUCUGCUGAUGUGGAUGCUGUGAUUGAUAAUGUGGCUGAAAAGGGAAGUUUGGUUGCAGAGUCGGUCGUUGGUGAGGGAAUGAGCUCCGACGUACCUAAAUUGGAGGGACAAGAUGAAAGAUGCAAUACAGAUACAAGUGGAUGUGGCUUACAAGUUUCAGUCCAUGAUUCUAAUUCUAGUGGCAGUGCUUCUGACAUGGCUGCUGAAGGUUCCUGUUCAGGUUUGGCUGCUGAGUGCCUGCAGCAAGUGUCAGUUGAGUUCAAUUCUAUGCAAGUUAAUUCCUUGCUACAUGAGAAUCUUCUUGCUACUGCGGAAAAUUCUGCUGUGGUUGAAUACGGGAAAGCCAUUAACCAAGAUAGGCUGUCCUCAACAUCAGCAAAGCAGGAGGAUCGAGAUAAGCAGUCGUCUAUUCGUGGAGAUGAUGUUCACAAGCACUUGCCAGGUCUUCCAGUAUUGAGAAAUGUUGAUCCAGCCCAUGUUCUCAAGGGUUAUCCAUUGCAUAUGGCGAUGGGGAAAGAGAUCAAUGGGCACACCAGUUGUGGUAACUUAUCUGAAGUAAAACACCUUUCAAAGCCAGAUGGGGAUCUCACUGGGCAUAAGCCAAAGGAUUGCAUUCUUCAGUUCGGUAACUGCAAACCCCGAAGUUCUCAGGUUGAUUUUCCACUUGUGCAUCAAAAGACAGAGCGUCGGUCUGAUACUACGAAAGCACACUCAUGGAGUUCGUCUGAUACGGAUAAACCGAGCAGGAAUGGUGAUGUGAAACUGUUUGGUAAGAUACUCACCAGUACCUCCAAGUCUGGUUCCAGUAUCCAUGAGAAUGAAGAAAAGGGGUCCCAUACCCAUAAUUUAAGCAACAAGGCAUCUAACUUAAAAUUCAGUGGGCAUCAUAACUUAGAUGGAAACUCUGGUGUCCUGAAGUUUGAUAGUAGUAAUUAUGCGGGCAUCGAGAAUGUUCCGAGGAGGAAUUAUAGCUUUUGGGAAGGGAACAAAGUACAAAAUGGGCAUCCAUCUUUCCCUGAUUCGGCUCUUUUACUUGCCAAGUACCCUGCAGCUUUUGGAAACUUCCCUACAUCCUCUUCCAAAUUGGAACAGCAACCAUUGGCAGUUGUUAGGAACGAUGGCCAUGUAAAUGGUGCUUCAGUUUUUCCUUCAAGGGAAAUUAGCAGCAGCAGCAGCAGCGGUAGUGGAAUUGUUGAUUAUCAUCAGGUGUUCAGCAGGCAUCGUGAUGGUGGUGCUAAAGUGCCACCAUUUACAGUGGAUGUGAAGCAGAGGCAAGACACAUUUGAUGUUUCGAGACGAAAUGGGUUUGAAUCUGUGUCCAGUUUGCAGCAGCAAGGAAGGGGUAUUGUUGGAAUGAAUGGAGUGAAUGUCGUAGGGAGAGGAGGAAUUAUGGUAGGAGGGCCAUGCACAGGUGUUUCAGAUCCUGUGGCUGCCAUAAGAAUGCACUAUGCUAAAACGGAACAGUAUGGAGCGCAGGGGAUCAUCAGGGAGGAGGAGUCAUGGAGGGGUAAGGGUGACAUAGGGAGGUAGUAAAUGUGCCUGAGGGCCUUGAGAAACAGGUCCUCGGCGGCAAAUUCCUUUAUUUGCUGCAUCCUGUAUAAUAGUUUUUGCGUUUUGUUCAUUUAGUGACGAGGUAGGGCAGUUUUUUGGUAAAAUGCUUUAGGUGCUUGUAAUAUUGCAGCAGCUUUGUAUUUGUUGUAUUUUAUCAAAAUACAGAAAAAUAAACUGCAGAAGUUGAAGUUGGGAAG